AAGGGGAGUAUUCCACUACUCUGGAAUCCAUAAACCUCCAACUAAACCCUACUUCCUUUUUCUAUUCUACACAUGAUUUUCACCAAAAACCUCCCAUAUUCCUCCUCUCUUCUAAAAUCACAAGCAAGCUACAAAUCAAUGGCGUUAUUCUCCAGCCUUCGAUCAAGAUCAAUUCUGCAACUGAGAAAGUACUCAUCUUCUCCAUCAUCAAUCUUAAGCCCAGAUUCAAAAACAAUCUUAUCUAGCAAACAGAAAUCUCGGGCAGCUCUCUCUCUCCUCAAAUCCGAAAAAAACCCAGAAAAAAUCCUCGACAUUUGCAGGGCAGCUUCACUUACCCCUGAAUCUCACCUUGAUCGCAUCUGUUUUUCUAUCGCCGUUUCUAAGCUUUCUGAGUCUAAUUACUUUGAGGGUAUCCGCGUUUUUCUAGAGGAGCUCAAGAAACGUCCUGAUUUGCAAAACGAGCGUUUUGUUUCUCACUCUAUUGUUCUUUAUGGACAAGCUGGUAUGAUCCAAAAUGCCAUUACUACUUUCGAGCAAAUGGAACAACUGGGUAUUCAGAGGACUGUCAAAUCACUCAAUUCUUUGUUGUUUUCUUGCAUUUUAGCCAAGAAACAUAAUGAGGUUAAGAGAAUUUUUACGGAUUUCCCUUCAACAUACAACAUUGAGCCAGAUACUGAUACUUACAAUACAGUGAUUAAGGCUUUUUGUGAGGCGGGUGAGUCCAGUUCAGGUUAUUCAGUUGUGUCUGAGAUGGGGAGAAAGAACUGUAAACCAAACACAACAACAUUCAAUAAUAUGAUUGCUGGGUUUUAUAAAGAGCAGAAGACUGAGGAUGUGGGGAAGGUAUUGAACUUGAUGAAAGAGCAUGGGAUUACACCAGGUCUUAGCACGUAUAAUAUUCGGAUUCAGAGUUUGUGUAAGCUCGGAAGGUCAUUCGAGGCUAAGGCUUUGUUGGAUGGGAUGCGUGAGAAGGGGACCCACCCGAAUUCAACUACCUACGCUACUUUGAUUCAUGGCUUCUGUAGGGAAGGGAAACUUGAGGAUGCAAAGAAGUUGUUUAAGACUAUGGUGACCCAGGGCGGUAAACCUGACACUGGUUGCUACUUCACUCUUAUCUACUUCUUGUGUCAAGGUGGAGAUUACGAGACUGCAUUGCAGAUUUCAAAAGAGUGUAUGGAGAAAAAUUGGGUUCCAAAUUUUACAACCAUGAAAUCUCUCGUGGAAGGACUCGUAAGCAUUGCAAAGGUUGAAGAAGCUAAGGAGCUUGUUGCUCAAAUCAAGGAGAAAUUUCCAAAGAACGCUGAUCUUUGGAAAGAAACCGAAGAGAAGCUGUCCCAGUAGAAGGACAGAAUACAAGAACUAGGAUUAGCAUUGUAGUUGAGAUGCCUGCUUGAGUACCACCUUUGUAACCUUUGUGCUGAAGCCAAGAAACUAAGGGUUUUUUUUUCUCAACAGAAGAUAAGGUCAUAAGAUGUUACUUUUACUUGCUGAUAUUUCUUUUUUUAGUUGUAAUACUCAUUCUUUAUUGACCUAAUAAUGGCUUUGUGCAUUAUCUAUC